CCGACAUGGUUUCUCGCGGCAUGGGCCUCAUCUCCUUGCUUUCGUUUUUCUGCGUAGUCCUGUCUGUUGGCGUGAGAGGUGCAGCCGUGUACGAACGACGUGACUUGGUCAGUAGUCUGUCGCAGAAUGAGCAGGAAAUGUUCUUCUCGUCGAUGGACCUUCUGGACUCUAGUUACGACACUUCCACUGGAUUUUGGGAUGGUGAUACUCGAUACUCGGCUUGGUACGCUGUCGGGCUACUGGGACGAAACCAGGGGAAUGACAGUGCGGUCGCAGCUGGUAUCGUGAAGCGCGUAAUUGAACACCAAUAUACCGAUCCCACCAAAAUCUGGUAUGCGACAUUCUACGACCCAGGUACAACGGACCCCGCCACCCUCGAGAACCCUACGAUAUACAAUGAUUACGACCCGAACGUUCGUGCCUUCGUCGCCACUUCAUGGAUCAUCAUGCUCGAGGAAUUCUCGCAUCUGUUGCCCAACUCUCUUAUCCCUUUGAUCGAGGAGAGUAUGUACAAUGCGACCGUAGGAGAUGGGUAUCGUGUCGCUGGAUGGGAUGGAGAUAACUUGAGACCGGUAUACUCAAACCCUUGGUUGAUGCGUUGCAUUCAAACAGCAUGGGUUGGUCACAGAAUGGGAGAUGCCAACAUGUCGUACUGGGCAGAGAACUUCACACGGGAGGCAGUGGAACUGUUUGACAUGUAUGAUACCCUUAGCGAGUUCAAUAGCCCGACGUAUGAAGGUGUUUCUUUGUACGCGCUUACUCUCUGGAACCGCUACGCCCCUCCUGGAACCCUGGCGAAGAAAUCUGCCGCGAGUAUCAUUACUCGUAUAUGGAAGAGCAUUGGUCAAAUAUACAACCCGACGCUGAAGAACCUGGGUGGUCCAUGGGAUCGUACUUAUGGCUUCGACAUGAAUGACUAUUUCUCCAUUCUCGGCGCUCAUAUCCAAGGCCUCGUCGGCGCCACGCUCGCCCCCCUUCCGAACCCACUUACCAACAUAUCCCUUCACUACGGCGACGCCGCCAUCAUGCCCCUCCUCCCCCUCAUCUCACAAUCGCACGACCAUCUCGUCCCCCCGUCCGUUGUCAGUGCUCUCAAGUCCCUCGAACCAAAGGGUAAAGGGCAUUCGUGGCACGGAAAGGCGUACAGCCCUCCAUUUGACUACCUGGAAGUCGGAGCAGAGCGGAAUUAUAGCACGUGGACUGAGAACGGGUUGAGUCUGGGUGCGAUGGAGGUAGACGAGUUGGUUUAUGGGGGUCCGUCAUUGAACAAUGCGAGCUUUAGCCCGGCGGUUAUGCUUUGGAGGAUGGAGGAGGAUGUUGUUGGCUAUAUGUCGCUUUUCCCGACCGAGGGUCACAUUCUCGGAAACGUAAACGAGCGCAAGCUGACUGUAACAUACCCCUCACCAAACCUCACGGCCUACGACCCAACUAUCUUCACCCUCAUGUUCGGUCCGACCUAUUCGAACAUCACGGCCUUUGGUGACGACUUCCUGGCCGACGGCUUUGCGCAACUUCCCGGUAUCAACAUCAGCGUGGGCGGGAACGCAAGUCUCGUGAAGCCAGAGGUCAGCUUCAAUGCGUCUCUCAACCAGAACUCGUUCUUAUAUUGGAACGUGACUUACGUCGUUCCGCACAAUCUCAGUGCACCCACGUUGGAGAUUGUGGUCGUACCCACUUGAAAACCUAAUUCUUUCUCUACAUACCAGGCUCGCGAAGAGUGUGCCACGUUACUAUAAGGCAGAACAUACCAACUGACGAACAUAUUUGGAA